UGUGAAUACCGCUUUCUCCUCUUCCCCACCUGUUCAUGAUUGCUCUUCCCGGACGUCCAUGUCGUUCAAGGCGCUUGUCUAUGCGUACGUGCUCGGAGGGAUUACAUUCAUACCGCUCGUUAUUCUAGGCUUAAUAUUUAUUACCAUCUAUACCUCUGUGCCUGUCGGGGAUCCUGAUGUUGACAAGAACACGCGCGCGGAGCUCGAGAGGAAGGAGGACGGCGAGGUGGAGAGCGAGCACGCUCAGGCGGGCGUCUCGGAUCUGAAUGACACCCCGAGGACGAGGAAGGGAUGGCUUACCAUCCGAAGGACCUUCGAGGAGUCUAACUUUGAUGGGUCUUACGUGCAAUUGGUGCGCUCGUACUUGGAUUCGAGGUCGAAGGACCCCAAGAGGUCUAGGCCGAAGGAUAUGUGGUACGUGGUGCUCAAGGGCAAGGUGCUGUAUCUCUAUGAAGAUGAAACUAUGACGGAGUGCGAGGCGGCCAUUGAGCUUAGCGGUCAUGAUGUCGUGAUCUACCCGGAGGGCCUCGCAGACGGAGAGCUCUUUGCGAAACGGAAUGCGAUCUGUCUCAAGCCCAAGGCACCGCCGCCCUUCAAGGCCAUGCCGAGCCUUACCAAGGAGAUGAUGCUGGGUGAAGAGGAUCUAGAGGAGAAGAUAGAAGAAGUGAAGGGUGGCGAGAAGAAGAAGGAAAGGGAAAAGGCGAAGCUGGAGGAAGUUGAGCGGCAGCGGGAGAUGGCUCGGCAGCAGGCACUGGACUCCUCGACCCCGUGGUUCAUCUUCGUUCGGUCAAACGUGGAUAUGGAAGACUGGUACUUCGCAUUGGUCCAUGCCUCCGAGCAUACCGCUAACAGCCCUACCCUCGAACCUCUCAAGCCCGUGUUCAAGCCGGAAGAUAUGGCCCAUCUGGUCUCGACACUGGAUGAGCAACCAGAUGUCAUUCCGAUGCGAUGGCUAAACGCCCUCAUAGGUCGGAUCUUCUUCAGCUACUAUCGGACCAAGACUCUCGAGGCAUAUAUCAUCGGUCGGCUCAUGAAGAAACUCUCCAAAGUCAAGCGCCCUAGCUUCCUGUCAGACGUGGUAGUCAAGGAAGUGUCUGUCGGUAACAGAGCUCCGACCUUCAGCAAGCCUAUGCUCAAGGAGUUGACUAAGGAAGGCGACGCCGCUCUGGAAGUCAAAGUGCACUACAAGGGUGAGGUACGAAUAACCGCCGAGGCUACGGCUACCAUAAAUCUGGGUGCGCGAUUCAAGACAUAUCAAGUCAAACUCGUGUUGGCGGCUGUCUUGAGAGAAUUGGACGGUAAUCUCCUCAUCAAGGUGAAGAGGCCACCGAGUAAUCGUAUAUGGUAUGCGUUCACGCAGAUGCCUCACAUGGUGCUCGAUGUCGAGCCCAUUGUGAGUGAUCGGCAGAUUACCUGGGGAAUGAUACUGAGCACCAUCGAAGCCAGGCUGAAAGAGAUUAUCCAAGAGUCGGUGGUCAUGCCGAAUAUGGAUGACAUCGCGUUCUUCGAAAGCUCCUCGUAUCAGCAUCGGGGCGGUAUCUGGGCAGAUGCCUCGCGACACGAGGAGCAGGAAUCAGAGCAAGUCUCGGCGCCUGAAGAUGAAGAUGCCGCUUCUACCGCAUCGAUGCCCCCACCCGAUGUUCCUACCACGGAUGUGGAUCGUGAUUCUGCAAUAAAGCAGCGGUCUCAUUCUACCAGCGAGGUGCCUGCAGAGGCCGGACCCUCCGAAUCUUCAGUUGUCUUCGAGGCGGAUCCCUUUCCCGAUGAGAAGACACCUACAUCCUCAUCGUCCGUGCUCCAACAACGUCGGGCAUCAUCUGCAUCUCAACAGGUGGAGUCACAUAGCAUUCACUCUGAGCCCCAGACAGAUACAGAAGAGACCGAGGAACAGAGAGGAAGACGGCCUGAAAUGGACAACUCGGUUCCCGCUCGUCCGCGGUCAGCACCAGCUGAGAAUGAUCAAGCCCGUCCGGGUUCAGAUUUUGACGGAAGUUCAGGGCUGAACCGAUAUCUGUCUGCUCAAUCGUCGCGACGGUCCGCAUCGCAACAUUCUCAAGCAUCUUCUCAUCGUUCAUCCUCAUCAUCCUCACAUCAGCAUGACAAUGAUCCUGGCGAAGGCUCCGACGGUACUCCUGCACCCUCGGCACCUCAGCAGAAGGCGGUUCGCACUGGUACAGGUCUCAGCAUAUCGUCCAGUCCGACCACCUCAUUCUUCUCCACACUGAAAUCACGCGCGGGCGACAAGCAGGCUUUGAGUAACACGGCCAAAGAAGCUAUGCGGAAGUGGGGCGUUAACGUGAACUGGGGCGCUUUGAGGCGUGACGGCGGUGGGAUCACGAGCACUGACGAAGGCGGAAUGGAUGACUCCGGUCGAGCAGAGUCCAGCCGAUCCAACCACAAGCCUAAGUUCAGUUAUGCCGAUAUGCGGGCCGCUGUCGCGGAACGCAGAGAGCGAGGCAGGGCGUCUCCUGAUGUGGCUGGUUCAAGCUUCCAGGCGUCAAGCUCGUCGAAUCCUAUAGCUAUCCCGGGCAGUCAACAGGCAACGGAAUUCGAUACAAGCAGAUCACCCACGGGCUCUCAACCAGGCGUUUCUCCCUCCGAGAAUCAGGCAAAUUCGUCACCGCCGGAUAAAAGCGAGCGGCCUCGAUUCAUCUCGCCUUCUGCAUCGAGGACUACAACUGCGGUGCAAGCGCCAGGUCAACAGCCCGCUGCAGAUCUUGACGCUGUCCGUCCGGAAGAGGAACCAGAAAGUCCACCUUCGCCCAUCCACACACAGCCUCCCCAGGCCCCUACAAUGACCAUACCCGGAAUCCACGCGAGCCAUCGUGGAGAGGUUAUGUCCAUGGGCUAUGUGCCGCCGUCCCCGCCGCUACCAUCUUUAGACAGCAAAGGGCGGAGUCCCGCUAUCUCAAGUGUUUACCGGUUACUCAAGAGUCCCAUAUUAUCCCCGGCGCAGCAGCAGCAGGGGCAAGGGAGUGAGACGCCGCGGAACGAUGCCGGAGGGCAACAACGUAGCAACACGCCCGCAGACGAGGCACGCCCAACCCCGCCUCCGUUACCGCCGAGGUCGACUUCCACGCCCGUCGCGAAAGGCGCUGAUGCCCAUGUUUCUGGCGGAGGCGGGGUCUUGUCGCCAGCUUCUGCCGCGCUGAAGUCUAUCGCGACGAAGGACGAGAGUAAACGCUUGUCUGCGGAUUCAGAGGGAGCUGGCGGUAUGUCGGGCAAUGCUUCGCCCGACAUAGAGGGCGGUCCCGGUGAAGGGACGUCUCCUGCAGUAGAGCCUCAGAGACGGUCCAAACCGCCGUUGCCGCCUCGCAGAUCCCAGCCCGCCAGUGUUCAAGCAUAA